UGAAAACAACAGUCGAAGAGUCCAGGUGAAGACUGUGGCUUAAGCACUUUGUGUUGCAAUAGUUCUCAGAAUUAAGAGAUUGAACCAAAAUGAAGAUCUUCCUUACUUUAUCAUUUUUAUCAAUACUUAUCCUCGCGGUAUAUUCAUUUGGAGGGAGUGAAGACAAGUUUCUAAAAAAAUAUGCAAUGAUGAAGAUUUACGAGAGUUGUUUUGGUCAAGAAGUGGUGAAGCAAAUUCGAAAAGAAAUGAGAGCCGCUUGUGCCAAAUGUUCGGCAUUGGAAACACCACCAGCACCUGAACAGAAACCACCAAAUAAAAAUGAAGAAAAUCAAUUUCCAGUUCAACCGAAUUUCGAUGCUGAAAAACUACAUCAGGCUAUUUUGGCAUACAGGCCGGAUAAUUUUCAGAACUCUCCCCCAUCGCCAUUUUAUCGCCCAUACGCACCUACUGCAGGGAUGGCACCCUUUUAUGGGUUACCUUAUGGCAGUCCGGCUUACCCCAACCCAAUGCUUUAUCCCACAUUUUCGCAACAACCGACUCAGUUUUCUCCAUAUGGGGGUUUCCCCUUGCUCGGCCAGUCGUUCUACGGCAACAGAGCUUCCCGAGACAUGGAUAUUAAAACACAACUGGAGUCUCUGACCUCAAAAAUGAGCAGUAAAGUCAGAAAUGUUACCUGCGUAAUGCAGGAAUUGGGUUAUUUAGACGAGAAUUUGGAACCCAACUUCUUGAGAAUAUCGGAAAGAAUUUCCGCUUUGCCUGUCGGUGAAGAAUUGAAGCGAGAUAUGCAAGAUGGGGUUACUUUCUGCCAACAAUUUUCGCAAUGUGUCCCCGACGUGAAAAAAGAUAAAUCUCCGCUUUCACGCGAACUGAUUCGACCCAUGUUCUUUUUCAAAUGCUACAAACAUAAAAAAUUGGAAGCUUGUAUUAUGAAAGAUGUGAGGGAAAAAUACGCGGGGGUUGCAGAUGACGAAUUUGAUAAUGAUGUGGAAUUGAGGAGAACUGGGAAAGCUUUGGACGUGACGAAAUCCCAAGAAGAAGUUGAUGAAUUGGCGACGUCUAUGUAUGAAUUUUUGUAUGGAGAGGAAAACAACGUAAAUCUUGAGGGCCUUUUGUAGAAUGAAUGAAAUAAUAGUUAAGAAAAUACUCAUAAUUCCUACAUGUCCGUAUGAAUUUAGUAUUUUAGUUUUUUUUAUAUUUCGCAAAUGUAGAUUUUGUAUUCUGUACUUAGGUAUUUCUUAAUUAUAUGAAUUGAAUUUUGACAAUGGAAUAGGUCAGUUCUUAGUUGAUCAUGUUUUAUUGUCAAAAUUUGAUAACAAGGGUCGUGAAAGGAAAUAAAAGCUAUUUUCAAAA